CGACAACAAACCAGAAGCCCAGAACAAUGCCUCUUGGGGUGGACAAAUCAGACUUUCUGGAGGAGAAGGUGAAGAGAAGUGAGCAGACUAUUCGGCAGAGAGAUGAGCGAAUUGCAGCCCUGGAAACAGAGAAUGCCAUGCUGUAUCUCAAGUUGGCACAGUGCCAGGGAAGUGCUCAACACGAGAGACAGAAGAGCACACGACUGCUGCAGAUGAUCAAACUGGACCAUGACUACAAGGAAAGGGUUUCACAGGAGCUGAUAGACCUGUCCAAACAAGUCAAGGUUCUGAAGCAGGACUUGGCUACCAUGAAGGCAGCCAUGAGACAGAUGCCUCCAGAGAUGGCCCUCAUGUUGGAGGGGUUCAAGAGACAGACUCUCAAAGUACAGAGGAUGUUCCUGUCUGAAAACCGAGGACUGGAAGGCUUGCAGAAGAGAAUUCAGGAGCUGGAAGUCUCCCUUGCGACUGCGAACGAGCGGCACGCACGCGAGAAGAAGCGGAGACAAAUGCUACACAACACGCUGGUGGAACUGCGCGGGAACAUCCGCGUACACUGUCGUGUGCGCCCGCUCAUGCCUUUUGACACUGGCAGUGACGAAACAAGUACCCUUGGAAGACAAGGAACACUGUCAGAACAAGUUGUACAUGUUGUUGAUGACGAAACUGUAGUUGUAAAAGCCAGCAGUAGACCAGGACAGGGCACCAAGGCUUUUGAAUAUGAAAGAGUGUACGCCCCUCUGGAGUGUCAGGAUGCAGUGUUUGAGGAGGUUCAACCUCUCUUAACAUCGCUUUUAGAUGGGUACAACGUGUGUAUCAUGGCCUAUGGACAGACAGGGAGUGGGAAGACCCACACCAUGUUGGGCCCUCCCCAGUCUAAGGACUACGGCUAUCACAACGAGGAACAGCACAACCCACAAGAAGGGGUCAUCCCUAAAGCUACAAGAGAACUAUUCAGACUGCUUGCAGAGAAGCCCCCUGAUACACACACUGUUGAGGUGUCUGUGGUUGAAAUCUACAACAACGACAUCAGGGACCUGUUAGGAGGGGACGACAGGAAACACGACGUACUGACAGCUGGUGAUGGUUCGUUAGACGUGCCCUCCCUCACAUACAGGACUGUGGAGGGAGUACAGCAGGUUAUGGAGCUGGUACAGUACGGGAUGAAACACCGCGCUGAAGACGCCACGCUCAUCCACUCCCACUCCAGCCGCUCACACCUCAUUGUGACGCUGACGGUCACCGUCAACAGUGGCGUUGUCACGCCAACAUCACCCAUCACUGAUUACAACGUGUUCGCUGUUCCCCAGUCUGCUCCACCGAAGAGUGAACGUGGCAGAAGGACCCUUCCUGUGCCGUCCUCCCCCUCCCCCAUCCCACACCACAUGCACAGCAAGACCAGGUCACGCUCACCCUCCCCGGCCAGACCUCCCACACCCAUCAACUGUUUCAAGACCAAACUACAACUGGUGGACCUGGCUGGGAGCGAGUGUGUGGGAAUGUCCGGGGUGACAGGGGCAGCCCUCAGGGAAACAUCCUACAUCAACAAGAGUCUAUCGGCCCUUGCUGAUGUCCUUGGAGCCUUAGCGGAGCACCGUGCCCACGUGCCUUACCGCAACGCCAGACUGACUCACAUGCUGCAGGACUCUAUUGGUGGAGAUGCAAAGCUGCUGGUGAUGUGCUGUGUGUCUCCAGCCCAGCGUUACCUAUCCGAGAGCCUGCAGUGCCUGGGCUUUGGACAGAGGGCGCGCCAGGUCCAGCGCGGACCAAUCAAGAGGAAGUUCAUUGCUGCAGGUCCAGCCAUAGACACUGGUAGAAGUUCCCCACGCCCUACAUCAGCCCUGUCCAGGAAAGGGCUACAGACUAUCUAACCUCACGGACCCAAAAUGGACUAUUGAGAAGUUGGGAUUCAAACAACAACCUUCUCAACCACGAUCUCUGUUGUACAGGGUAGAGCUGUGUACCUAAUAUCUGUACACAAUUUUUUACUAGCUAAAGGUAGUGUAAUCCUGGGAAAAUCCCUGGACUUCUAUAUUUGUACCUGCGUUUGCACAUAACUUUUAUAUUUAUUACAUAUUUCAAUUCUUUCAAGGUAAUGGGUGUUUUUUCAUAGAUUUUUUAUACUUUUGUAUUUUGAAAAUUUUGUAGACAGAAUUUUAAUCCUGGAAGUGUAAGGAUCUUAACAGGAGUACAUGUAUUUUUACAUCAAAAUGCAUACUUGACUGAGAAUUUAUGGUUGUAAAUAAUUAGUUAUGUGUUUUAGACGUAGUUUGUGUGCACUGACUUUGAACUGAAUCAAGCUUUGCUGCCUCGAAAUUGCAUUGGAUGCCUUUAAUCCUGACGUGACGUACAUGUACUAAUACGGUCCUGUUUAUCACAAACGCAAGCUACAAUUUAAGGCUAGACUUGACAUUACAUACUGAUGUUUAUUUACACCACAUUCGGGUCAUAUCAUCGACCCUAGUCAGUUACUAUAUAUUAACCAUACUACAUGUAUUUUGAGGGCAAACACAGUGACAGUUUCUAACAACCAAUCUAAAGUAGUGUAAAUUACAAUAGUGCAAACAGCAUCUCUGUGACAAAAUUCACAAAAAUACAAUCUCUGGACAUC